AUAUUGUUGUUGGUAUAAAUUCACAGAGCUUAGUAUAAGAACUAUGUAAUAUUAUUUAACUUUUUCAAAAAAUGUUUUAUAUUAGAUAUCUACGCGAACAAUAAAAAGUGUUUAUACAAUUAUCAGAUAGAUUUUAUUCGAUAAUAUAAAACGAUACAAAAUAAGAAGAAAUAGGAAGAAAUGGGUCUAUUAACUGAUCCUAGAGUAGGCACAGGAAAAAUGAUAAAAUUUCUUUUGAAGAGGGAGAAACAAUUGUGUUUUCUGCUUUAUAUUGCCGGUGUUAUAUAUACAAUGAUUCUAGCAGUUCCAGUAUUUAAUGAACAGACUUAUUUCUCUGAGAAUGCUUUAUUACCUGGAUUAGUAACAAAAGAGAGUAAUUUAGAUCAAACAUCAAAACAAUUUUAUUAUGAAUUAUUACAUGAAAUGAAAAGAUAUCCAGAUAGUAUGCCUUAUGCAUGGCUGUCGGCAAAAUUUAAUCAACUUCAUCUAGAUACUUUCAUCCAUAAUUUUUCAUUGACAUAUCCAUUUAAGCAACAAAAAUUUACUGGACAGAACAUUUAUGGAAUAGUUAGAGCACCUAAAACAGCAAGUACUGAAGCAAUUGUUGUCAGCGUACCUUUCCGACCUAUUAAUAGUGUUUAUUUAAGCACAGCACCUUCUGUUGCAUUGCUAUUAGCAUUUGCAAAGUUUUGCAGAAAACAAAAGUAUUGGGCCAAAGAUAUUAUUUUUCUUGUAACUGAAUAUGAACAAUUAGGUAUGCAGGCAUGGCUAGAUGCUUAUCAUGGUGUUACAAGCGGUCAAGAAGGUAUAUUGAUAGCCGGUGACUUACCUGGCCAUGCUGGUUCUAUUCAGGCUGCUAUUAAUUUAGAAUUACAUGCAAUGAAAAUUUCAUCUAUAGAUGUUAAGGUUGAGGGAUUAAAUGGACAACUACCCAACUUGGAUCUUUUCAAUCUAGCCCAAAGUAUGAUUGCUAAAGAAGAAAUCCAAAAAACAUUCCAACGUAGAAUUGAUAGUACUGAUACAAAUAAGUUGAAAAAAUGGUGGUAUCAUUUUAAUACAUUGAUGACAAUGAUAGCUACUCAAGCUACUGGUAUACCAAGUGGAAAUCAUGGAUUGUUUCAUAGAUUUGGUAUUGAAGCUGUUACUUUAGAAGGAUUUGAAAAAACUGGUAAAGGUUCAAAAGCAAAUUUUUACCAAGUCGGCCGCGUAGUAGAGAGUAUGGUACGCUCGCUAAAUAAUUUAUUAGAACGUUUUCAUCAAUCAUACUUUUUCUACCUUUUACCUUCAACAGAAAGAUAUGUUUCAAUAAGUUUAUAUAUGCGUCCUUUAGCGCUAAUUGUAGCUAAUCUCUUUAUAAAAGCAUUUUCUAUAUGGCAAAAACUCCUAGCUCCAGUACUUCAAAGUGAUGAAAAAGACAAUUUACAAAUUCAAAAUAUUAAGAUAAAAAACUUCGACAUUGGGAAUAUUGCUUCAGAAAUAUUAUGGGCACACACAUUUGGGGUAUGUUUGCUUUUAUCCCCACAAAUGUUUACUUCAAUUGGUAGACAAAUGUGGAAUUUGCAUACAGAAGAUUCUAUAUAUUUUGGUAAUGCAAUGGCUACAACUUUAACAUUAUUGUGGCCUUUGACUUCAAGAAGGAUGGUAAAAUAUAAAAAUACGUUAUUGGUUUUUGUGAUUGCAUCAGUGGAAUUAGCUACAACUCUUAUAUGUGUUGCAAUGUGUAAUUUUUCACUAGCAUUAUUAGUAGCAUCUGUAUAUGUGCCAGCUGUUUUAUUUAGUAAACCAAGGCAAGGAUCUGUUCUGGGGUUCAGAAUUUUGUUAUAUAUAUUAUGGAUUUUACUUCAUCCAUUUGUUGCAUCAUCUAUUGUUAUUUUAGGAUAUACUUAUGUGCAGUUUCCAGAAGAAUCCUUGUUGUCUCUUAUAUUUAGUGGAUAUCGUGCCACUAAGCAAGCAUUUGUAUUCAGUAUUAUUGAUUCUAUGAUUUAUGGAAAUUGGUUUUAUAAUGUAACUACGACCGUAAUGCUUCCUAUUUGGUUAUUAUUUUGGAAUAUUAUAUGUCUUAAAAGCACGUCAUAAUAAAUUUUUAGUAAACUCUUUACAAUCAGUAA